AUGAAGUCUCUCGCUGUUGCUUCGCUUACUGUCCUUGGAUUGGCCUCUAAUGCCGCUGCCAGCAUCAAUGUCCUUACACCGUGGAAGGAUGUUUCCUGGAAGUCGGGUGGUCACGCCGAUGUUACCUGGAACGCUGAUGGUGCUGAUGCCAAGGAACUGUGUCAUAUUCAACUGAUGAACGGAAACACGGACGAUGGACAAAUUGUCGCAUAUGUUACCAACCCGGCAGCUCCUGUCCCUUGCUCUGACACUCGAUACGAUAUUGCACCCUUGAACGACUUUACUUCUGGCGACUAUUGGAUUCGAGUCGGUACUGAUGGUAGAUGGUCUUACUCCUCAAAGUUUCAGUUUGAGGGCAAAGGCAGUAUCGAUACAAAGAAGCUGAAUGCACCCGUGAAUGUCUUGCUCGGCGAACCUGCCCCCGUGAUUUCUCCUGGCGACGGUAAUAGCGCUGGCACUAAUCCCACUGGAUCUGCGCCAGUGUCACAAGGAACAGCAGCGCCCACGGCUACUGGUGCUAGCAUGGCUCACCCCAGCAACCCUUCUGGUGCAAGCUCAGGUGCUCUUCCUACAGCACUGAAAUCUGCUGCAUCAGCACCCACUCCACCAUCCGGUAGUGGCAGUGGAAGUAAUGGUAAAAGCCGCUCCUCGUCGUCGAAUUCGUCCUCGAAGACCAGCAAAAACGUCAAGACUGAAUCGUCUGCCAGCGGCACCCAAUCUGGAUGGAUGAUGGCUGGUGUCGCUGCCCUCUUUGCUGCCAUGACACUCUAA